AUGAAUGACUGGAUACAGAUUUCUUAUGGAACAUUAUAUAAAUAUGGGCAGGACCUUGUUCCUAUUACAUCAUCAUGUUUUGACGAGUAUCAUGAACUUGUUUGGACAGGAAAUGAGAAAGGAUACUUAACAUCAUAUUAUGGAUCGGGACUUGAACGAUAUACAAGUGUAAGGGCGUAUGAAGGGCCGAUAUGUUCUAUAUUAUCUAAUGAACGGGGUGUUAUAUCAUUAUCAAAUGAUAAAGUUCGAUUAAUGAACCGCCGAGGGUUAUUUAAAUGGACAUUAGAAAAUUUGAAUAUGGAUCUUCAAUGUAUGACGUUUAUCUCACGAACAUCAUCCAAUAUAUUAGUGGGUGGAUUACAACCAUCAAUGUUAACUAUUAAUAUAGAACGGGGUUCGGUUGUUGAUAAAUUGCAAUGUAAAGAAGAUAUAGUAGUCAUGAAACAUGGAAGAUAUAUUUGUUGUGGGUCUUCUAAAGGUGGAUUGAGUCUUUUAGAUCCAUCUGAUUAUAAAGAGGUUCAUUCUAUUCAAGCACAUAGUGGUACUUUUUCAGAUCUUGAUAUUCAAGGUAAUUUAAUAUUAACAUGUGGAUUUUCCCAAAGAGAUACACAUUAUGUUAUAGAUCCUCUUGUUAAGGUUUUUGAUAUUCGAACAUUACGUCCUUUGGUUCCAGUUGCUUUUCCAGCGGGUCCAGCGUAUAUAAGAAUGCACCCAAAGAUGUCAACAACGGCUUUUAUAGUAAGUCAGAAUGGGUUAUUUCAUGUUGUUGAUACGGUUAAUACUGUUAAUGUUCAAUUGCGUCAUGCAAAUUCAAAUACAUAUUUCACAUCAGUUUGUGUUUCUCAAUCCGGUGAUGCACUUGUAUUAUGUGAUGCAGAAGGCAUUUUGCAAUUGUGGAGUCAAAGACGUGCACCAAAAUUUUCAGAGUUUUCUAUUCCUUUAGAAUGGCCAAAUAUUCCUACUAAUAUUCCAGAUAUUCAAAUACAUGAUGAUACGCCCUUGAAUGUUAUUGGUAUGCCUUAUUAUAGAGAAGAGCUUUUCUCUUCUUGGCCUGCUCAUUUAGUUUAUGAUGUUGGAAAAAUACCUUGUGUAUUGAAUCCAGAUACAAUUUCAAACAUGAAAACUUUAGAAUUCGUUGGGUAUUCCGUAUAUACAGGAAAUAUGAAGAGAAAUCAGACUAGAUAUUAUGCUAGAGAUAAAGAAACAGGAACAAGAGGAUUAACAGUUCCAAAAUUUCAUAGUGAAAAAGCAAAAGAAUUAACUCUUGGUAAUAUCAAAAAAGAUUCUGCACCACUACAUUUUGAAGAUGAAAAUGAUGACUUAAAUGAACCUUCUGUCAUACCUAAAUAUUAUAAAUUAUUGGAAAUAAAAUAUUCAAAAUUUGGUGUAGAAGAUUUUGAUUUUGGAUACUAUAAUAAUACGCCAUUCUCUGGAUUAGAAAUUCAUAUUGAAAAUUCAUAUUGUAAUUCUUUGGUUCAAUUGUAUUAUUUUAUACCUUCUAUUCGUCAAUUAGCUAUAGCACAUUCUAUUUCUUCUUGUAUAAAAGAAGAUUGUCUUCUUUGUGAAAUGGGCUUUCUUUUUAAAAUGCUUUUUGAUGCAAAUGGUCAAAAUUGCCAAGCUACUAAUUUUUUACAUGUUUUAAGUACUUCUUCACAAGCUAUGUCAUUGGGUCUUAUUGUAGAUGAAUCUAUGGAGAAAAAGAUCUCUUUUUCACCUAUUAUACAAGGUUUAAACAGAUUUUUAUUGGAAAAAUUAAAUGAAGAAUCAUUGGAUAAAUGUUCAAUUGAUGAACAGAACACUAAUAAUAUUUCACCUUUAGCAGAAACUAAUGGGAUAUUUUCAAAAAUCAUUUCUUUUUGCAGUUGUGGAGUAAAUUCUAUUAGGAAUUCUAUUAUUUUUUGUAUUGAUUUUAUUUAUCCAAAGAAGACGACAUCUGAAAAGAACUUUUCAUUAGCAUCUUUUUCUUCAAUAUUAGCUGCAAGUAUAAAUCGUGAAAAACAAAAUAGAGCUUGGUGUUCUAAUUGUCAUCAAUUUCGAUUUCUUACAACUCGAAGGACAAUUAGCAGCUUUCCAUGCUAUUUAAACAUUAAUGCAAUGGCGUAUACACAAGAACAUUGGAAGUAUUGGAGUUCUAAGAACUGGCUUCCAACUAAAAUAGCUUUAAACCAUCAUUUAGGAAAAGUGAUCUGUUUUCAAGGAAAAGACAUUAAUAAAAAGACAAAUAAUGAAUUUUAUAUUUAUGAAUUAAAAGGACUUGUGGUGGAAAUAUGUUUUAAAAAUGAAUCUCAUCUUGUUUCAUUUAUUCAUGUGACAGAUGAAAAUAUAAAAUUAAAAUAUAAAACAUCAUGGUUUCUUUUUAAUGAUUUCUUAGUAAUGUCUGUUUCUGAGGAUCAAGUCUUAAAUUUUUCAAAAGUAUGGAAAGUACCAGCUAUACUAAUAUAUGAAAAAAUAGAUUAUUCACAAAGUCUUAAAAAGAUGAAACUUCCUUCACUUGAUAUAUCUAUUUUAUACAAAGAUUAUUCCAUUUCACUAAAUCGAAAUAUACAAGCAAUUCGUCAUCAGAUUCUUGAAGGAACAGAGAAAAUAGAUCAUAAUACAGUGAUUGGACUGGAUGCAGAAUUUGUAUCUAUGCAAAAAGAAGAAAUAGAUGUUCGCAGUGAUGGGACUAGAUUCAUCGUUAGACCCUCUAAGCUUUCUUUAGCAAGAGUAUCUGCUGUACGAGGGAAUGGAAAGUUAGAAAAUGUGCCAUUUAUUGAUGAUUACAUUGCUGUAAAUGAGCCAAUUGUGGAUUAUCUUACGGAAUUUUCAGGAAUUAAACAUGGAGAUUUAGAUCCAAUGAUAUCAACAUAUACUCUUGUUCCUUUGAAGAUUGCAUAUAAAAAAUUAAGAUUACUUGUGACACUUGGCUGCAAAUUUGUAGGACAUGGAUUACAGAAAGAUUUUAGAAUAAUUAAUAUACAUGUACCUAAGGAUCAAAUCAUAGAUACUGUAAAUCUUUUUUAUCUUGAGAGUCGUCAAAGAAAACUUUCAUUACGUUUUUUAGCAUGGUAUUUAUUACAAGAUUAUAUUCAACAAGAUAGCCACGAUUCAAUUGAAGACGCCAGAACUGCCUUGUUACUUUAUAAAAAAUAUGAAAUUUUUAAAAAAGAAGGAAUUUUUGAAGAAAAACUUAAAGAAAUAUAUGAUUUAGGCAAAAAAUAUGGCUAUAAACCACCUGUUUCAAGUGAAAAAAAGGCGUCAGUGUGA